GGGAGUGCUGCUCACGGUAAUGUUUUUAAUAAGAUGAUUAUCUCUUGUCUUUUUUUGUUUUUUUCAGACUUGUACAAGCCUGCCGUUUCCCACAGAGACCUGAACAGCCGCAACGUUCUGGUCAAAACGGACGGCACGUGCGUCAUCGUUGAUUUCGGCCUGUCCAUGAAGCUGACGGGGAACAGGCCGACGCGCCACGGAGAGGACGAAAACGCUGCCAUAAGCGAGGUGGGCACAGUUCGCUACAUGGCUCCAGAGGUCCUGGAAGGUGCGGUGAACCUGAGGGACUGUGAAUCGGCGCUGAAGCAGGUGGACAUGUAUGCCCUGGGCCUGAUCUACUGGGAGAUCUUUAUGAGAUGUACCGACCUUUUCCCAGGAGAGUCUGUGCCAGAGUACCAGAUGGCCUUCCAGGCCGAGGCAGGGAACCACCCGACGUUUGAGGACAUGCAGGUCCUGGUGUCCAGAGAGAAGCAAAGGCCCAAAUUCCCCGAGGCCUGGAAGGAGAACAGCCUGGCCGUCCGCUCCCUCAAGGAGACGAUGGAGGACUGCUGGGACCAGGACGCCGAGGCUCGCCUCACUGCUCAGUGCGCUGAGGAGCGCCUCGCCGAGCUGCUGCUCAUAUGGGACCGCUCCAAGUCCGUCAGUCCGACGCUGAACCCCAUGUCCACCACUCUGCACAACGAGAGGAAUCGUAUGACCCCAAAAUCUGGUCCGUACACCGACCACCCCUCCAGCUACAUUGAAGAGCACGAGGGUGUAGUUAAGAACAUGCAGGUGGACUCCAGCAGCUCCACCACCAGCAGAGCCGGGGCCGGAACCGGAGAGAGGAACAGGAAUUCCAUCAACCAGGAGCGCCAGCAGCAAGCCAACGCCCGUCUGCCGAGCCCAGAGGGCAGCAGCACCAGCGUGGGCCUGCGGGGCAGCCCCUCAACCUCCACCACCACCGUCAUCUCCGAGUCUGAGGGGCCCGCGGGAGCCAGCACAGUCCCCGUCUGCCUACAUCUGACGCAGGAGGAUCUGGAAACCACCAAGCUGGAUCCUAAAGAGGUGGACAAGAACCUGAAGGAGAGCUCUGACGAAAACCUAAUGGAGCACUCCCAGAAGCAGUUCUGCUCCCCGGACCCACUGAGCCCCGGCAAUUCCAGCCUGCUGUACCCCCUCAUCAAGAUGGCCAGUGAAGCCUCGGGAUCGUCGGAGCCCCCUGCGACCAUGCCCGCCGCCAUCUUCCCCCUGCCCAAGCAGCAGAACCUGCCAAAGAGGCCGUCCAGUCUGCCCCUGCGGAACAAGCCCGCCAAGAAGGAGUCCUCCUCGCUCAGGUUCAAGUUCGGACGCUCGGGGAAGUCCAACUUGAGGCAGGUGGAGGGAACAAAGAUCAACACGGGUGCGGUGGCUGGCACAAACACUGUCGAGGCGCACGCGGGCACCAACAACGUACCCGUGCUGCGAGAGGUGCACGUCAACGGCGGCAUCAACGGAGUCGUCAACGGAGCCGUCAACAGAGCCGUCAACGGCCACGCCGGCGGAGGCAUGGCAACGAUGGCGGCGGGGGGCAACGGACUGACUCAGAACGGAUCGGCGGCCCUGAGGUCCGACGACAGCCGGCUCAGCCUCGGCGUGAUCACAGCCAGCCCCGACGAGCACGAGCCGCUUCUGAGCCGAGAGCGAGAGCCGCCCGACUCGAGGGACGGGUCCUCGAGCGCGAGCGCCCUGCGCUCGGCCCGGCCCAACACCAACAACAACAACAGCAACACCGGGCGCGGCCAGGGGGAGGGCGGCAGCGGCGGGGAGAGCGACGCCGGAGAGGAGGAGGGCACUGCGGAGGGAGGGAGCAGGGAGACUAUGGGAGGCGAAAGCGCCGGGUCGGGGUCCACUGCAGCAGACCCCCCAAGGGAGGCUACGGUCAUCAUGAGAGGAGAAGCUCUACUCAGGCAGCCCAGGACUCGCCGUCCGGAGAGACCCAACUCCCUGGACCUGUCCUUCACCACACAGGACCUGACCUCUCUAGGUGACUGCAUCCACCACCAAAAACAGAAGCUCUUCUAGGUUUGUUUUGUAAGAAACACUGAAAACAUCUGGAAAUU